AUUCCCUCACCUUAUCAUUCACGCCAACCCCUCCUGUUCACAAUUCUUCUCUCAUAAGCUUCCACACAUUCUUUCUUUCACUUUCACAAUUAUAUUCGCUUUCAAGUUUUCAACCAUGGAGCUAGAUUAUGGUUUUGACUUUGAGGACUGCUUCCCUUCGAUGAUUGCGCGGUUGGGCGCGGAAGGGUUCAUCGGGGAGCUUUGCAACGGGUUCCGGUUGCUCAUGGAUGUGAACAUGGGGCUCAUAACAUUUGAGAGCUUGAAGAUGAGCACUAACUUGCUUGGUUUGGAGGUGAGGGAUGAUGAGUUGUUGUGCAUGCUUAUGGAAGGUGAUUUGGAUGGAGAUGGGGCUCUUAACCAGAUGGAGUUUUGCAUUCUCAUGUUUAGGUUGAGUCCGUGCUUGAUGGAUAUGCAAGGUAUGGAACCGGUCCAUCAUGUUAAUGUCAUAUAGUGUACGUACUGUAGUUUAAUGUAAUACAAUGUUCUUCUAGCUAGCUAUAACCUACUUUUUCUGUUUCUCUUUUUAAUAACAAUGUCAUUCUUCUGAGUGAUGAGGGAGUAUGUGAGAGACAAGAAAUUAUCAAGGGUCUAUUUAGAUAAAGCUAGAUGAGUUUCUGAAAAAUUUCUCUUAUGAAAAUAUAAAAUUUCAUCAACGGGGAAGCUCUUAAAAGUUCUUUUAGCUUUGUAUCCGGACAGACUCUAAAUAGUACAAGAUUAUCACAUGUCCAUGACUCUGACCAAGAGAGAGAAGAAUAUUGUAGUAACUUUUAUAUCUGUGUAAUUCAAUGACAAAAUCUUGUGUGUUAGCUGUGACUA